UUGGAUCCUUUGUUUGCUCCACCCUUCAUUCUCUUUUCCUUUGGUCAUCAUUCUACUCGAAGACCAGACCGCACUCUAAUUUUUCUCUUUCCAUUUUUCCAGAAACUGCAUCAUCAUCAUCAUCAUCUCUCUCUCUCUCUCUAUUCAAGUUGAUUCAUUCGUUGGUGUCUGCGUGUGAAGCCUCCUCCCCUUUCAUACGUAAAUACAUCCUAUAUCAGAUCAGAUCUUUGAGAAGAAGAAGAAGAAGAAGAAGAAGAAGCAGUAGGAGAAUUAAAGAAAUAAUAUGGGUCGCUUCUGGACUCUGCUAACUUAUGUCCAUUCCCUGGCCGGGCCCGUGCUGAUGCUGCUGUAUCCACUGUAUGCAUCGGUGAUGGCCAUAGAGAGCCCCUCAAAGUUAGAUGAUCAGCAGUGGCUCGCUUACUGGAUCCUCUAUUCCUUCCUCACCCUCCUCGAGAUGCUCCUCCACCCUCUCCUCGAAUGGAUUCCCAUAUGGUAUGAUGUGAAGCUGGUGUUUGUGGCGUGGUUGGUCCUCCCCCAAUUCAAGGGUGCGGCCUUCCUCUACGAGAAGUUUGUCAGGGAGAAGCUAAUCAAGAGGAGGGAGGGCGCAGGCGCUGGCGCUGCUCAAUCGCCCAAGUCCACUUCUGUUAGCAGAAAUAGUAGUAGUAGUAGUAGUAAUGGCAAGUCCAAGAAGAAGUUCGUUGACUUCAUCUCCACCAAGAAGGGGGAACACGAGGCCUAUUGAUGAGAUGAUGAUUAAUGGAGCAUAGCAAUAUAUAUAUAUAUAUAUAUACACACACUCAAAAAGGGUAUGCUAUCAAUCAAUAGUACUGUAUUAUACGUGCAGGACAUCUGCUUUUCGGGUGUGCUGUAGCUGCUUUGUUGUUGUUGUUGUUGUUUUUAUUUUUUUUUUUUUUUUAAGAGUCUGAGCUUUUUCGUGCUCUUUGAUGUAUGAUAAUUGUAGCCAGUCGUGGUCGUUUAUGUACAAAUUGAAAUUGUAUCGGAAGUAGAAGCCAAGCCACUGUUGUAAUUAAUUAUGUUGCAAAACAACAUUUUCUUCUUUACAAUGUAACCAUAAUAUGAUAUGGUA